GUACCUGGCCAGCGGCUCUGGGGACACCACCGUCCGCUUCUGGGACCUGAACACGGAGACGCCGCAUUUUACUGCCAAGGGUCACCGUCAUUGGGUGCUGAGCAUUGCUUGGUCGCCCGACGGAAGGAAACUGGCAUCUGGGUGCAAGAACGGGCAGAUAAUGCUCUGGGAUCCAAGCACCGGGAUCCAGAUUGGCCGUAUCUUGGUGGGUCACUCUAAGUGGAUCACUUCGCUCUGCUGGGAACCUCUGCAUUUGUAAGUCACCACUCCAGCUC